GUCAAAGUGACUCCAUCUGCCUCCUUGAUGUUCACUCUCACUGCCAAGAUUAAUGACGAGAUUACGUUUUGUCUUUGUGCCGGCAAGAAAAAGAGCGUCCGCUGGAUUUUCACUCCUUCAGUUAUUGGGGAUGUGGACGUGGUUCUGACUGCUAAGGCUGUGCCUUCACAGACUCCUUGUUGCGAUCAACAGGUGCACGUGCCAGAAAAAGGCCACACUGUUGUGAAAAAACGAUCCCUUACAGUAAAGGCUGAGGGAACUGAGAUCAUAAAGACCCAAAGUUGGCUGCUCUGCCCAAAAGGACGCCUUUUGAGAAAGAAAUCCAGUG